CCGUGCUCGUCCAUGCUCGUUCCUCGUCGGCCAGUACGUCGACACGUUCCGUGCGAUUCGCGUAUGGAUGCACGCGAUCUCUAGCGUUCUUUCUUUCUCUCUCACUCUCUUCUCUCCUCGACAGCUGCAUCAAUCGUACGGAGUAUCCCGCGUAGAAUGACCGAUUCUGAAAUCGAGAUGCAUUAUACACCGCCGACAUCGGACACCAUUCUGACGAAGCCGUUCCCGAUCCGAGGUGAACGUGCAAAUUUCGUGAACAAGCCUCAUGUGAUCGCGAUGGUCGGUCUGCCAGCUCGUGGCAAGACCUACAUUUCCAAGAAACUGUGCCGAUACCUCAACUGGAUUGGCAUCAGCACAAAAGUCUUCAAUCUUGGGGAAUACAGGCGACACGCCACCACGGCCUAUCAAUGCCACGACUUUUUCCGUCCCGAUAACAUAAAGGCCAUGGCAAUACGGACGCAGUGCGCAAAGGACGCACUGAACGAUGUUUGCCAGUGGUUGGAGAGCGGCGAUGGUGAAGUGGCCGUUUUCGACGCCACCAACUCCACGGUCGAAAGACGCCAGCUCAUACGCGACAUCGUUGUCUGCAAGAUGGGCUUCAAGCUCUUCUUCGUCGAGUCAGUAUGCAACGAUCCGGAGAUCGUCGAACAGAACAUUAUGGAAGUGAAGGUCAGCAGUCCGGAUUACGCGAACAUGAAGAAGGAGGAUGUGCUCGCGGACUUUAUGCUGCGAAUCGAGCACUACCAGGAGCGAUACGAGCCGUUGGACGAGGAGCGUGAGAGCGACCUGUCGUUCAUGAAAAUAUACAACACUGGCGAGAAGGUGCUGGUCCAUAAGCACGAAGGCCAUAUACAAAGUAGAAUAGUUUACUAUCUUAUGAACAUUCAUAUUGUGCCACGCACGAUUUACUUGACCAGGCACGGUGAAAGCCUGAUGAACCUCGAGGGCAGGAUAGGCGGCGAUUCGGACUUGACCGAGCGGGGACACGAUUAUAGCAAGGCAUUGGCAGAGUACAUUACCAGUCAGAACAUACAGGGUUUAAGAGUUUGGACUAGCUGGCUGAAGAGGACCAUUCAGACUGCGGCUGAUGUAGAGGCACCGCAAGAAAGGUGGAAGGCUCUCAACGAGAUUGAUGCUGGUAUUUGCGAGGAAAUGACUUACGAAAAGAUUGCCGAGAAAUAUCCAACCGAUUUCGCUGCCAGAGAUCAAAACAAAUUCUCGUAUCGAUAUCCAAGGGGGGAGAGUUAUGAGGAUCUUGUUGCGCGGCUGGAGCCUGUGAUAAUGGAAUUGGAACGUCAGGGUAAUGUUUUAGUUGUAAGUCAUCAAGCCGUUCUACGGUGUUUGCUGGCUUAUUUCCUGGACAAAAGCGCAGACGAGUUACCAUAUUUAGAAGUACCUUUGCAUACUAUCAUGAAAUUAACACCAGUCGCUUACGGUUGCAAGGUGGAAAAUAUUCGGCUACCGAUAGAAGCUGUGGACACUCAUCGGCCAAAACCAAAGAAUUAUGCAGAGACUGUUAAACAUACAAUUUCAAUUGAUGCAGGAACGAGCAAAUUGCAAUCAUAGAUGAUAAAAUUAAAUAAUACAUUCCUAAUAUAUUUUAAAAUAUAUUUUCCUAUAAGAUCCCGGGAUAUCUAGAAGAACGAUUCAGAGGAAAGGGGAAAGAACUAUGCACGUGAUAACGACAAGCUUUUGUGUAAGCACGGCGCAGCUAAUUCCUAUCUAUCUACGUUGAUAUACCGGAAUGCUGAAGAAAAGCAUAGAUUCCGGCAGCUGGCUGCCACCUACUCCUCCGCGUACGUCGAAUCAGCGCGCACAUCCGAAUCCUUUCUUCCUAUGUGUCAGACAACCUAGAGACAAGAUGCAUCUAAUCAACACAAUUGACAAUUAUAUCCUCUUAUGAGAAACGUGUAGCCACAGAUGGAAGAUUCUGUGUGACGAUGCAAGUUCUGCAGAAAAAGAGAAAGAGAGAGAGAGUAUGCGUGUAUUUUGUGAUUUUUAUAUUUUUUGAUUGGCGCGUGUUUAGGUAAGUAGCAAGAAUACGUAAUGUGAUAUCGAGGUGAUGAAGAGUUUAAUGUAAUUAUACGCCUGUAGACGUGCAUCUCUCUCAAGUGAUAUUAGUUCAGAUAUUGAAUUUUUUCUGAACUGUUAUUAUUAGCGUACGACAAGCGUAACUCGUACGCGUACUUUGAUCUUGCUUUGAAGUAUUUGCCUCUUGCUAGAAGCAUAUCCACGAGACAAUAUACAUAUGUGUAUAUAGACAUACAUGAAUAAGGUUCCGAGGCAUGGUAUAUUAUUCUUGGUAAAUAUUUCAAAGCACUUGUUCGCGAAUUUGAAGCUGAAAACAAAUAUGCUUUUAUAUACGUAUAUAUCGUUUGAAACAUUAUUUCUUUGGAAUUAUUUUCGGAUCAGUCGAAUAAUGUACAGAAGAGCGAUUGGAGCCAAAUAUUGUAAAACUGUGACGUUGAUAAUAAUACUCGACUAUGUAAAAAAAACUAUCAAAAUAUAAUACAAUACAUUAUAGAUUGUGCGAUAUAAUACACUUCCAAGUAAGCUACUGAAUAUGUACAAUUUCAAUUCAUUUUAUCUAAUAUAUAUCUAUACGUCGCAAUCUCUCAGAUAUUAAAUAGCUGAACUAUCAACUUCGUUUACGCCGAUACGUAUGUAUCUCUCGAUCGAUGAGAAACUUAUAAUAAACAAUACAAUUUUAUGAGUUCAUCUACUGGUUUAAAAC